AUGGCCCAACUGAAUGGCAAGUUGGAGAAACGUGGAUUAUCGGGAAUCGAAUGUAUCACGCCAUAUUGCUACAAAUCUCUAUCCAUAGCCCUGCAACGUUGUGUCGAAGUUCUUUCUGAUGAAGACCGCAGUGCACUCGCUUUUGCCGUCAUAAUGCCACCAGGAGUAGAUAUUCCUGUCAAAAUAUGGUCUUGUGUGAUUCCAGUCGAUAUUUGCUCAAGUGAAGAAGAACAACUGGAUGACGAAGUUGCAGAUCGUUUGAAAAGAUUGAGCAAGCGUGGAGCAUUACUCAGUGGAAAACGGUCGCCUGUAUUGACAUACAAAAUCGACAACGUUAUUCAUAUGUUCCUCAAACAUGUUGUUGAUAAGCAAACAAUUUCUAACGGAAUUCGCACACUAGAACAGCGUCUACUCGAGUUCGGAAACAACAAUGUUCCUACUCCUGAGCGUCAUCCUGUCUCACAUCUUCAAAAAUUUCGCCGGUCAUCUGUUGGUGAUAUGUAUCCAAAAACGGAGGAAAGUAUCAUUCGUCCAGAAGAUUAUCCGAAAUUCUUGCAAAUUCAUCGCCAAUUUUAUGAUUCUCUCAAAAAGUUCACUACCUUGUAA